UAAUGGAGGUUUAAUUUUGCGUUUGAUUUAGUUCCAAUUUUAUUUUAUCAAUAAAAACACGGAUAUAAAAUACUCACAAUUCAUGAUUAUUGAUCAGUAUAACUAAGUAAAAUUUUUAAAAACUUGAUUCCAUAAUUUUUAGUAAAAACAAAAUAUUUAAUUAUUAAAUAUUAUAAUUAAAAUGAGUGAACAAAUAUAAAUUAUACUAAACGCAACAUUUCUUAAUUAACUACAAUGUAGGAUCUAUUUUUUUAAUAUGUAGUGUAUUUUCACCAAACGUAAUACUAAGUACAGUAGACUACUAAUGUCAAUUAAAAACAUUUUUAAAUAGAUCUUUUACAUAAAUCUUUAAAGUAAAGUAAGCAUGAGUAGAAUAUGUAUAUGAUGUCGACAAGCUAAAUGUUUUAUGAAUCUUUUUAAAGUAAAACAACUUUGUUCAUUAAUAAUUUACAGAUUUAAGAAAUAAAAAUUGAACAUGGCUGACGAAGACAGUACAGAGUGGCUUCAAAAUCUACUCCAAGAUGUACAACUCUCUCAAUUUUUUUCUAGAAUUAGAGAUGACCUGCAAGUUACGAGAUUACAUCACUUUGAUUAUGUUCAGUCUGAAGAUCUAGAAAAAAUAGGUCUGAGUAAACCAGGAAUUAGAAGACUAAUGGAUGCUGUUAAAAAAAAACGUACAUCUCAAAAAAAUCUCAUUACUAAAAUUCGCACCGGUACCAGUGGCAAAGUUACAAAGAGAUCCUCGCAAUUGAUAGAAGAUUCUGGUGUUUUGACAUGUCUUAUUCAAGAUAAAGACGUUAGCCUAUCUGUAAAGUUAGGGGAUGGUAGUUUUGGUGUAGUAAAACGAGGAGAAUGGAAUUCUCCUACUGGUCGAAUAUUGCCAGUUGCGGUAAAAAUUUUAAAAGCAGAUGCGUUAACGCAGCCUAAUGUUAUUGAAGAUUUUGUAUCAGAAGUUCAAGCUAUGCAUAUACUCAAUCAUCCAAAUUUAAUAAGAUUGUAUGGAGUUGUUUUGUCUCAGCCAAUGAUGAUGGUAACAGAAUUAGCACCCUUGGGUUCACUAUUAGAUUAUUUGAGAAAGCAAUGUGGUCAUAUAUCAAUUUUAACAUUAUGUGAUUAUGCACUUCAAGUAGCUACAGGAAUGGCAUAUUUAGAGGCUAAGAGAUUUCUUCAUCGAGAUCUUGCUUGUCGUAAUGUACUUUUAAGUUCUAUCGAUAAAAUAAAAAUAGGAGAUUUCGGAUUAAUGCGGGCGUUACCGCAAGAAAAAGAUUGCUACAUUAUGACAGAGCACAAAAAGGUACCAUUUCCAUGGUGUGCACCUGAAUCUCUCAAAGCCCGACAAUUCAGUCAUGCUUCAGAUGUGUGGAUGUUUGGUGUUACCUUAUGGGAGAUGAUGACAUUCGGUGAAGAACCAUGGUUAGGUCUAAAUGGAUCAGAAAUUUUGAAAAAAAUAGAUCGAGAAGAAGAACGAUUGCAUGAGCCAGAAGCAAGCCCUUCUGUACUAUAUCAACUGAUGCUACAUUGUUGGGCGAAAGAUCCUGCUAAUAGACCAUCUUUUUCCUCAUUGCGACAAUCGUUAACUGGUAUAUUACCUACUGUAAUGAAAGCAUUAAAUCGUUUUGAAGAACAAGAAAAAAUGAGCAUCGAACAAGGUGAUGACAUUGUAAUCAUUGAUGGAAGACCAGAACAUUAUUGGUGGAAAGGACAAAAUCAACGAACGUUUCAAAUUGCUUUAUUUCCACGAUGCUUAGUAGACCCAAUGAGAAAAAAACAACCAGAAGAUAUUAGUAAACCUUUAGAAAAUUCAUUUAUUCAUACAGGACACGGAGCACCAUUUGGAAAAAGCUGGGGUAGUCCUCAAUUUAUUGAUGAUGUUUAUUUACGAAAUCCAAUGGAACCACCAGAUAUUAUAGGAAUUACAGAAAUAGAUAAAAAAAAAAUUAUUUACAAAAAUUCUCGAUUAAAAAAACAAUUCAAUUAUACAAGACUUCAGAAUGAUUUACAAUCCAUUCCGAUGAAAAUUUAUAAAAGUUCCGACACAUCAAACAAUCAACACAGUUUGAUAGAUUUAUCUCCGGAAGAAUUAGUCACCAAUGGAUCUACAGAAUCAAACUCAUCAUUAAAACGUGUAGUAAAUAUUUUAGAUGAACCAAUUGACAUUUCAACGAUUGAAGAAAAUUGGAAUGGAGAUGACCUUAAAAUGUACGCCAAUUUUCCGGGUACAUUGAAUGCAAAACUUGAUCCAUUUGAUACUUCUAGAUUUUUUACUGAUCCAAUUCACACACGAUAUUAUAGCCAUGUUCCUCAAGAUAUUAACGGCUCUGCUACUAGCAUUCAAUCGCAUACGAAUGUAAUUAAUAGAGAACCAACCCCUUGUAAUAAUAGUACAAAUGUUAAUAACAUUGACGAAAUAAGUACAAUGAUAAAAAUAUAUUCAGAUACGAAUAAAGAUAUCAGUAAUCAAAAUACAAAUUGUAAUGUUAAUAUAUCAGAUCAAAAAAUUAAUCAUGAUUAUAAUGGGCAGAUUUAUGCCGAAAUCACGAAACUAACUCCAACAUCAUAUAUAAAUACUCAUUGGCCUCGUGAUUCAAAAGAAAAUGAAUGUCAACCGACUUAUGCGAAUUUUAUUAAUAAAACAAGUUUUUCAAAUUCUUUUGAUUCAUCACCUGCACCAUUAAUACAAUCAAAUGACAAUUUAUUAGAAAUCAAAGAAAGUCAUGAUAUUGCAAGUGAAUUAGACUUAUCAAAACCUCCAAUAUCAAAGAAAUUAGAUCCUGCUUUUUUUGCAGAAUUGGAAAAACAUCUAGGUGCAAAAAAAUUAAAUACAAACUUCAAUGAAUUACAAAUCCAAAUUAUAUCAUCACCAGCAUCUUCACAAAUAGCAAAAUUACCACAAUUAAGUCCUUUACCAUCUCCAGGCAAAGUUGUUAAUUCUUCGACAUUAAAGAAUGUUAAUGUCCAACAAUCAAAGAGUAUUUCACCUCAUUAUAGUUCUCAAUUAAGUUAUGAUUUUGACAACAUUACUGGUCAAUUGUCGCAAUUAAGUUUUACAGGAGAAUCAGAACGUAAUAGAAAAAGUGGAUCUUCCCUAAACCUAAUUCCAAGCGAUCAUCAAAGUGAAUUACUUAGUUCAUUCACGGCUCAUGGUAGCUCAAAUUUACGAGAAGAAACUCCAAACGAUCCACAUCAAGCUUUCAAUCAUUAUAGCGAUAGUUCAUUUGUUAAAAAAAAUAUGAUGUCAAUGCAUCAGCAUCAGCGACCAUGCUAUAAUGGAAUUCAUAAUACUUUAUCAUCAUCAGCGCAUCAUCAGCAAUACCAAAAUUAUAUACUCCCAGCAUUAUCUCAAAACGUUAAUUCGAAUCUUUCCCAAUCACAAAAUAAUAUUCAGUGGACACGAACUGCACUUGCGAAUUCAAGUAUAAUUCGAGAUAGUAAUACACUGUCUGAAAAAGUAUAUGCUGAACUUCAAGAAACUGUGCCAAACUUGAAUGAACUAUCACAAAGUGAAUUUAAUACUCUUUAUAAUAAAACUGUACAACAAAAUAUUCUCAAAAAUUCUCGAACGGCUAAUGAUUCAGUGGUUAAUUGUAAUCACAUGUUGUUUCAAAAUAAUCCUCAAGAGCAUAACUUUGAUGUAAAAUCACACCCUGCUUGGAACUCAAUUAGUUCAAUACGUGAAAAUGAUGAUAUUAAUUCUCAAAAUAUAAAAUCAAAUAUUUAUACCACAUCUAAUCCAAGCUUUAAUCAUAAUUUAGGAAAUUUUCAAAAAAAUUUCGCAAUUUCUGAAAAAGCUAAAGUAGCCAAUCACCUUUUUUCUACAAAAGAUACAAUCAAUAAUACUCAGUCAUAUGUUAGUAAACCAUCAACUUCCUCCAGUGGUAAUUCAUCAAUCAUGGAAACAUCUCAACAACUUGUAAUGUCUCUCAAUGAUGAACUUUAUGCUAGUAAAAUUAUGAAAGUACAAAAAGAUGCAAUAGAUGCGUCCCAAAAAGAAAUAGUAGCUGCAUUACAAGCUACGGGAUGGGAUACUAAUCAAGCAUCAACACAAAUUAUCAAAGAUCGUCAAGCAAAAGUUGAUUCACUUUCAAGGCUGGGAUUAGCCAAUAAACAACAAUGUGAAUAUGCUUUAAAACAAAGCAAAUAUGAUGUUGAAUUAGCAGCUUCAUUAUUGCUGGAUCGAGUUAGAUGAAGAAUUAGGAAAAAAUAAAUUUAAUAUUAAAAUGACGUAUAAGAUAAAAUUAAAAACAACGAAACUUAUUAAGACAAUCAAUGGAGAGUUAGUAAAUGAUAUGAUGGAGUGAAUUGUUACAACAAUGAAUUUUAUAAUACAUAUUACUUAAUACGUCCUGUGUAACAAACAAGUAUUACAAUUAUUAUACACAAUAAAUAGUUCUAUUAAUUUUAA